CGGGGCCGUCGCGGCGGCUGCGCUAUGCGGGCCGGGCGCGGGGGGCCGGCCGGGAGACGGCGCCGGGGGCGGCGCGCCCUGCUGCCCGCCGCGGGCCCCGGGGCGCCGGGGCGCUGAGCAACAGUUGGCCCCGCCGCCGCCCAGCAUGAAAGUGUGCCGGCGGAAGGCGCUGGCGCUGUGCCUGGGCUACGCGCUGCUGCUGCUGCUCGCCGCGCUCAACCUGCUGGAGUACAAGUGGCGGCGGGAGCCGCGGCGCUGCGGGGAGCCCCCGGCAGCCCCCCGCCACCACCCCCCGCCGCCGCCGCCACCGGCCGGGAGCCGCGGCCCGGCGGGCGCCCGGCGGCAGCUGGUCUAUGUCUUCACCACCUGGCGUUCGGGCUCGUCCUUCUUCGGGGAGCUCUUCAACCAGAACCCCGAGGUCUUUUUCCUCUACGAGCCGGUGUGGCACGUCUGGCAGAAGCUGUACCCCGGGGACGCCGUCUCGCUGCAAGGGGCGGCCCGCGACAUGCUGAGCUCCCUGUACCGAUGCGACCUCUCCGUCUUCCAGCUCUACAGCACGGCGGGCGCCGGCAAGAACCUCACCACGCUCGGCAUCUUCGGGGCGGCCACCAACAAGGUCAUCUGCUCCUCGCCCCUCUGCCCGGCCUAUCGCAAGGAGGUGGUGGGCAUGGUGGACGACCGGGUGUGCAAAAAGUGUCCCCCGCAGCGCCUCAGCCGCUUCCAGGAGGAAUGCUACAAGUACCACACGCUGGUCAUCAAGGGCGUCCGUGUCUUUGACCUGGCCGUCCUCGCCCCGCUCAUGCGGGACCCGACCCUGGACCUCAAAGUCAUCCAUCUGGUGCGGGACCCCCGGGCCGUCGCCAGCUCCCGCAUCAAGUCCCGGCACGGCCUCAUCCGGGAGAGCCUGCAGGUGGUGAGGAGCCGGGACCCGCACAUCCACCGCAUGCCCUUCCUCGAUGCUGGCCACAAGCUGGGCGGGAAGAAGGAGGCGGGGGGCGGCUCGGACUACCAUGCCCUGGGUGCCAUGGAGGUCAUCUGCAGCAGCAUGGCCAAGACCCUGCAGACUGCUCUGCACCCCCCUGACUGGCUCCAGGGCAAUUACAUGGCCGUGCGCUACGAGGACCUGGUGGUGGAGCCCAUCAAGACCCUGCGGCAGGUGUACGGCUUUGUGAACCUGGCGGUCAGCCCGGAGAUGGAGAAGUUCGCCCUCAACAUGACCAGCGGCCCCGGCUACUCCUCCAAGCCGUUCGUGGUGUCGGCCAGGAACGCCACCCAGGCGCUGAGUGCCUGGAGGACUGCGCUCAGCUACCAGCAGAUCAAGCAGGUGGAGGAGUACUGCCAGCAGCCCAUGGCCCUGCUGGGCUACGAGCGGGUGGGCAGCCCCGAGGAGGUGAAGGACCUCAGCAGAACGUUGCUCAGGAAGCCGCGGCUGUGACGGGGCAGCGGCGCCCGCCCGCGCCCGGGGCUGCCGGAGCCCGGGCAGAGGAGCCGCUCCGGCUGCCUUGAGUGAGGGAGGGAGCCGGGAAAAGCAACCUGGUCUCUGAUUUCCUCCAAAGACUGCUGAAGGGUAACAUACAGUAAUGUGAUGAUUUCGGUUUUUUUCUUUAAUUUUUUUUUUUUUAAUUAUCCACCCCUUGCAUUGGGUUAGAUGCGAUUUAAAAAAAAUCAAGUGGAACUGAAAAAAUGUGUAAAGCCCCUUCCUCCUUCUCUAAAACGCCAGGUAGUUAUUCUGUACCAAAAUCGUGUUCAUGAAGUUUUUGUGGGUUUGAAGAUGGUAACAAAAACUCUUGCACAAUUACCUAACACAUCUAUAUCUCCCUUGGUGCGGAGGGGAUGCCCUUGGAAAACAUAAUGCUGAAAAUCAGACUUUUGUAUGAAAACAAAUGUUCAGACAUGAUAGUAAUAAAAGAAAAUAAUAAAUGAUAUUCAUUUUUAUAAUUACCUCAAUUGUUUGGGAAAUAUGGUGUUGCUUAUGUACAUCUGGAGGGGAUGCUUGCUUAACUUAACAACAUGGACUUCUUAAAGGGUAUGGGUGGAGGGCUGGAGUGCAACGUUUGACGUGUUCAAAGAUCAGGAACUGCUCUUGCAGAAACAAACACAGAUCUCGCAAGUGUAGUGCAGGUUUUAUGGCUGUGUCAAAGCAGGUUUCUAUUUAACUAUUGUCUUUUCCGUUGUAUUUAAAAAGUCUUUCAAGUGCCACUGUAUUAGUGUCCUAAGAGUUUUAAAACGUUGCCACUGCAGCAGUAUUUAUUUUUGUCUUGACAUGUAUGUCCAGAAGUCAUGGAUGUCAAAUAGAAGUGGAUUUACAGCGUGACAAGAAAUGCAGGAUUUAAAAAGACGUUUAUCAUUCUGGAAACAUUAGCAUGUGUGAAAACAAAAAUAAAAUUCUAUAUAUUCUAUAUAUUCUAUAGUGCUAACAAAACAUAAGAGACGUAAAAUAUUUCUUGACAUUGAUUGGUAACAGGCAUAGCAGGGAAGCAUAGAAAAACGCAUAAAAUGAUUUAUUUUUUCCCUUUGUCUAUGUCCAGGGGUAUAUUUAUGUACAAAGAGGGAGGAAAUGUACAGCUGUGUGUUCAUGGCUGUAACAGAGCUUUUAUGGAGCCAGCCCAGCGUUUGAUUUCAGAGCGCUGGUUGGAGACUCGUUGCCUGUGAAUUGUCAUUGCUCUGUGAUGGAGCCAGAUGGUGGUCUGGCUCUUUCUGGGAGCUCUGCCUGGAGUCUGUCCCAUCGUUAAAACUUGAUGAUUAAAAAAAAAAAAAAAAGAAAGAGAAUUUACUACUUUUGCUUUUGUAAUUUCUUGGAAAAAGUCUUGAUUUAUUAAAGGUUAAGUGGUGUGUUGCAUAUGAAAAGUGCAGACACCGUAAAUAGUUUUUAAUCUUGGUGUUCUCUGCUGCUCUUUGAAGGCUCAUUUUGGAACUUGAGUUUUUAAACAAACGUAGUUUUGCCAAACUGUUCUCUUAGGAGAUUACAGACUUUUCUACAGGAAGUACAUUUUACAUUGCCUAUUUGGGUGUCGUGCCUUCAGAAAAUGUGAAGAGUAUGAGUAGGAAAAAAGAGAUUGAUUUGUGAAAAUAAAUUAAUAUAAACAGGA